AUGGCCUGGUCUCGUGCGCGCCCGGCGUGUCCGGCGUGGUGUGCCGUCGCGGUGCUCGCAGUGAUCCUUUACAGAGCCAUUGAUGGCUGCACAGAAGUGUUUCUGUCUCCACCCAGACAAAAGGCCGUGAACAGGGCGGCUGGAGCCUCCGGAGCUUUGCUGGGCUUGGGUGCAGCGGCUCCCGCAGCACAUGCCUUCGAGAUGCCGAACCUGGGGCAAUUCUUCAGCACUGUCUGGAGAGUCGUGUCCACAGGGAGUGACGAGGUCUACGAUCCCACCACGGAGGAGGGUGCCAAGGCUCUGGGCUUGGCGGUCCCUCUGCCAAAGGAUGGUUUCGGCGAGGUCACCUCAGAUGACGUUCUGCCCUUCGCCUUGUUCUUGUUGGCGUUGGUUGCCUGGGGCCUUUUGGUGGUCCCUGGCAACAUGGAUCGCAGCGACGGGGCGAAGUCUGUGCUCUUCCCUUCCCAAGUCCCUAAGUUGAAGGCGACCUUGAUAGCUCUUCCUUUCGUCAUCGCAGUCGUAAUCCUGAAAGCCCUGGUUCAAGCCGACCAGAUCAGUCUCGAUGAUCUUGAUUUGAUCACAGACGGCUCUGUGUACGGCGCCUUUAGCUUGGUCCUGAGCUUCACCCUGGUCUUUCGAUGUCAGCAAGCUUACCAGCGCUACAUUGAGUCCGCCAAAGCAAUGCACACCAUGAGCGCG